AUGCAGUACGUGCGCAAUCUCAGUGACUCUGUGUCCACGGCAUGGAACUCGAUCAACCCGGCCACCCUCAGCGGGGCUAUCGAUGUCAUAGUCGUUGAGCAGGAGGAUGGCUCUUUACUCUGCUCCCCCUUCCAUGUCCGGUUCGGCAAGUUCUCGCUGCUGCGGCCAUACGAGAAGAAGGUUGAGUUCAAGGUCAAUGGCAAGAAGCAAGACUAUUCCAUGAAGCUGGGUGAAGGAGGUGAGGCCUUCUUCGUCUUCGAAACAAGCGACAACAUUCCCCGAAGCCUACAGACCUCUCCGAUCUCUUCACCGGCUUCCAGCCCUCCCCUCCAAGCACAGCCAUCCAACGAUGCCGGACUGCAGGAGCCCGAGCCUCUCGAGCUUGACGAGAGUCAGACCAAGCCGCGCUCAGCAAGUCUUGUACGCCCCCCACCGGCAGUCAUAUACUCAACCUCCGCGCCCAAGGAGAAUGGACUGCUUGCACCCAUGUCCACGUCCCCCGACCUCUCAGAUAGUCGGCCCAAGUCGGGCGACUGGUCUGCCUUGGCUAGACGUCCCUACAGUGACGAUAUCCUGCGUAAGAGAGCACGGACACACACCAGUAGUGACACCCCCGAGGAAGGGUCGAUGGAGGGCGAGGAUCCCCUGUUUUCGGAACGGACCAGCAGCCCUCCACCCCUCGGACCUAUCGAGGCCAUUGAGCGCGCAAAGACUCUAUCGCGGCGCCUGUCCGCGGUAGACAUACCGACGCAGGUAACGGACAGUGGGGAUCUCAUGCUCGACAUGUCGCUGUUCAAGAAUAAUGAGGAGGACGCCAUCCGCGCCGAGAUCUUGGCCCGCAGAGUCCUUAGCGAAGAGCUCGAGGGCAACUACGACAUCGGUGCCUUGUUUGGCAUGGACGAGCAGGGCAAUCUCUGGAUCUACAGCUGCGAGGAGGCGAAGGAGGCGGCCAUGAAGAAGAUGAUGGAGACGUCGCUACGCCCAAGUCCAUCUUUGGCCAUCGAUGCCGCCUCUGACCCAGGUUAUCAUAGUGAUGACAGCACUGCGUCCACCUCGUUGCCCUCGCAUCGGAGGUCCGAGUCCGUUGGUCAGAUGAGUGUCCAGACACCGCCGACAUCGCCAGGUUCUAUGACCACCACUGGCUCCGUCGCUAGCCGCGUCGUCACGGUCGGUGAUCCUAACCGUAAUUACGCCAAGACGUUGCGUUUGACUAGCGAUCAACUCAAGGCACUCGAUCUCAAGCCUGGCGAGAACUCGAUGAGCUUCACAGUCAACCGCGCCACCUGCUCUGCCUACAUGUACCUGUGGAAGCACGAAGUCCCAGUAGUCAUCUCUGAUAUCGAUGGAACAAUCACAAAGUCGGAUGCCCUAGGCCAUGUGCUGAACAUGAUUGGCCGGGACUGGACUCAUGCUGGCGUGGCCAAGCUAUAUAGCGACAUUGUGGCCAACGGAUACAACAUCAUGUAUCUCACAAGCCGUUCCGUCGGCCAGGCUGACAUGACCCGGACCUAUCUCGCAGGUAUUCAACAGGAUAACUACCGGUUGCCUCGAGGACCCACGAUCCUGUCCCCUGAUCGGACGAUGGCGGCAUUGCGGCGCGAAGUUUAUCUGCGUAAGCCGCACGUCUUCAAGAUGGCCACGCUACGGGACAUCCGAAACCUCUACGGCCCAGAUCACCACCCCUUUUACGCCGGAUUUGGCAACCGUCUCACGGAUCAGAUCUCGUAUCGGACUGUAGACGUGCCCCGCAACCGCAUCUUCACCAUCAACUCCAACGCCGAGGUCUCGCUCGACCUGUUGAGUCUUAACAAGCUCAAGCUGAGCUACGUGAACAUGACCGAGGUCGUUGACCACUACUUCCCGCCUGUGAGCACCCUGGUGAAGGGUGGCGGCGAGGAUUACACCGACUUCAAGUACUGGCGGGACACGCCCUUGGAGCUGGAUGAGUUCUCCGCCAGCGACACGGACGACGCCGAUGAUGCUGCUGAGGACAAUGAGAGCCAGUAUGCCGAAGAGGACGAGGAGGAGCUCGAUGAGGAGCUCGGCGAGAGCUACAUCUCGCGGGGUUCGAUGGACGAGUACUACGAAGGCGACGAGCAUAUGGCCGGUUCCAUGAUGGAAGGUGAGGAAGAUGCCGACAACGAAGAGGACAUGUACGAUGACGAACUCGCAUACGAGGAGGAAGAAGAGGGGACAGAGGCCAACGAGACAGAGGUCGGCGGCCCCAAGGAGGACGAGUCUCCCGAGCUGGCAGUCCCAGACGUCAACGCCGAGAUGAUUACCGGGGUGAACAACUUGUCCGUGGGCAAGAAGGUCAAGUCCUAG